UCAUUCAUGCUGAGCGCUGCUCUCCUGUGCGCACGGAUCUGCAGAGCUGAGCUUUUUGAACCGCUGCUGCUGCUCUCUGACGAGCCGAGCGGGAAUGGAAACGUCUUCUGCUGCAACUCUGACAUCCUAAAGAAAAGAAGAAAUAAUGCCAAGCAGGGAUAAUACAAAACACGGCUUAAUAAGGCUGGUGGCAGACAUGGCUGAGGAUCAAGGGAUGAGGAUAUAAAAUCUCCACCAGAGAAAGGAGGAUAAAAGAGAACAGGAAGAUUACUACUUUGAGACUUUUUUUCUACUUAUACAUCAUUGUACCCUGCAGUCGUAUAAGGCACCGACUGAACCUUUAACGGAUUACGCUCUCAAAAACAUACACCCACUUCCCUCCCCUCACCACCAUGUCACACCUUAAUCCACCCCUUCUCAUCUUCCCCUUGCUCUUCCUUCUCCUCUCCCUCCCUAAGACCUCCACAUCUACCACUCCCCCCACCUCUGCUCUCCUCUCCUUCUCUCCGCCGGAAGGUGGUCUCACACAUUUGGUGGUCCACAACAAAACGGGAGAGGUCUACCUGGGUGCCGUCAACUGGAUCUACAAGCUGUCUGGCAACCUCACCAAGCUGCGGAGCCAUGUCACCGGGCCCGUCACCGACAACCCUCGCUGUUACCCUCCUCCUGGUGUCCAGUCCUGCCCACAUGAGCUAGUGCAGACUUCUAAUGUCAAUAAACUCCUGCUACUCGAUGCUGCCCACAACCGCUUAAUUGCGUGUGGGAGUACUUCCCAGGGAAUAUGCCAGUUCCUGCGUCUGGAUGAUUUAUUUAAGCUCGGUGAGCCACACCACCGUAAAGAGCAUUAUCUAUCCAGCGUUGCGGAGGCGGGCACCAUGUCUGGUGUGGUGAUCCCCCCUGACAUCUUCGGCGGGGGCGGCAAGCUCUUCGUCGGCACCCCCAUCGACGGGAAAUCGGAGUACUUUCCUACGCUGUCGAGUCGCAAACUGAUGUCGAACGAGGAGAACGCCGACAUGUUCAGCUUUGUGUACCAGGACGAGUUUGUAUCUUCGCAGCUUAAGAUUCCCUCUGACACCCUGUCCAAGUUCCCGGCAUUUGACAUCUACUACAUCUACGGCUUCAACAGUGAGCAGUUUGUCUAUUACCUCACCUUACAACUUGACACCCAGCUCACCUCGCCAGAUGCGAGCAGCGAACAGUUCUUCACCUCCAAGAUCGUCCGCCUGUGUGUCGACGACCCCAAGUUCUACUCUUAUGUCGAAUUCCCCAUCGGCUGCACUAAGGACGGAGUGGAGUACCGCUUGGUUCAGGACGCCUACCUGGCCCGACCAGGAACCCGCUUGGCACGUUCUCUUGGUAUUCGAGAGCACGAGGAGGUUCUGUUCACUGUAUUUGCCCAAGGUCAGAAGAACAGAGCCAAGCCGCCCAAGGAGUCGGCUUUGUGUUUGUUCACAAUGAGGCAGAUAAAGGAAAAGAUUAAAGAGAGGAUUCAGUCGUGCUACAAAGGAGAGGGAAAACUCUCCCUGCCCUGGCUGCUCAACAAGGAGCUGGCCUGCAUCAACUCGCCGCUGCAGAUAGACGACAACUUCUGCGGCCAGGACUUCAACCAGCCUCUCGGAGGUACAAAAGCCAUCGAAGGAUUUCCACUUUACGUGGACAAAGAUGACGGCAUGACCUCUGUGGCGGCGUACGACUACAGAGGAAACACCGUGGCAUUUACCGGCACUCGCAGCGGACGCAUAAAGAAGAUCCUGGUGAACUCCAUUUCCCAGCCUGCCUUGUUGUAUGAGAAUGUGAUGGUGAGCGAUGGGAACCCCAUCCUGAGAGAUCUGCUCUUCAGUCCAGAUCAUCAGUUUUUGUACGCUCUCACUGAUAAACAGGUGACCCGUGUGCCGGUGGAGAGUUGUGAGCAGUACGCAUCCUGUAGAGACUGUCUGGGAUCAGGAGACCCUCACUGUGGCUGGUGUGUGCUACACAACAUAUGUUCGAGGAGGGAUCGCUGCGAGCGAGCAGAGGAGCCGCAGCGUUUCACCACCAGAGUGGAGCAGUGCGUUCAUCUGUCCGUCCACCCAGAGACCGUCUCUGUCACCAUGUCAGAAGUGCAGUUGGUGCUUCAGGCGCAGAACGUGCCCAGUCUGUCUGCAGGAGUGAACUGCUCCUUCGAGGACUACGUGGAGACGGAAGGACGCAUCUACAACGGACGGAUCUUCUGCCUGUCUCCCUCUACCAAAGAAAUUGCUCCCAUAACGCGAGACCAGGGUGACCAACGUAUAAUAAGACUGUACCUGAAGUCCAAAGAGACAGGAAAGAAGUUUGCCAGCGUUUUGUUCGUCUUCUACAACUGCAGCGUCCACCAGUCGUGCCUGUCCUGUGUCAACGCCAACUUCCCCUGCCACUGGUGCAAAUACCGCCACAUGUGCACACAGAACGCCAGCGACUGCUCCUUCCAGGAGGGCCGGGUCAACACGUCCAAGGACUGCCCUCAGAUCCUGCCCUCCACUCAGAUCUACAUUCCAGCCGGGGUAAUGAGGCCGAUCACCCUGCUGGCUCAGAACCUCCCCCAGCCUCAGUCCGGACAGCAGAACUACGAGUGCAUCUUUCACAUCCAGGGCAGCACACACAGCGUCCCGGCGCUGAGGUUCAACAGCUCCAGCAUCCAGUGUCAGAAGACCAUGUAUGACUAUGAGGGCGGCGGCAUCAGCGACCUGCCGGUUGACCUCUCCGUGGUGUGGAACGGGAACUUUGUCAUCGACAACCCAUUCAACAUUCAAGCCCACUUGUACAAGUGUAGGGCGUUACGGGACAGCUGUGGGAUGUGUCUGAAGGCUGACCCCAGGUUUGAAUGCGGUUGGUGUGUCCAAGAUAAGAAGUGCUCCCUGCGGCAGGAGUGUACGGGCGGAGGGAACUCCAACGUGCCGCUGCAGCUGGCCGAAGGUGGAGGGUGGAUGCAUGCCACAUCUGGAAACAGCCGUUGCACUCACCCCAAGAUCACCAAGUUGUUCCCGGAAACCGGACCUCGUCAAGGGGGCACCAGGUUGACGAUCUGGGGGGAAAACCUGGGCCUACAGUUCCGAGACAUCCAGAUGGGAGUGGUCUUGGGAAAGGUGCCCUGCGUGCCCAUCGAACAGGAGUAUGUCAGCGCUGAGAGAAUCGUUUGUCUUCUGAACGAUGCCACUGGCUACCGGGUUCAAGAAGCUCAGGUGGAGGUGUGUGUGAGAGCCUGUGUCAGUGACUACAGAGCUCUGUCACCAAGGCCAUUCACCUUUGUGACUCCGUACUUCACUCGUAUCCAGCCAUCUCAGGGACCCAUUUCGGGCGGCACCCGGGUCACCAUUGAGGGAAGCUAUCUCAACGCAGGCAGCUCCGUUUCUGUCAGCAUCGGACCACAACCCUGCCAUUUUAAGAGGAGAAAUGCACGAGAGAUUGUGUGCAUUACCCCAGCUGUACUUUCACCAAGCAGUUCAUCGGUUCUGGUAGACAUCGAUGACGCCGAGCUCCGUAACCCAGAGGUCAGAUUUAACUACACCGAAGACCCCACGGUUCUGAAAAUCGAACCUGACUGGAGCAUCGCCAGUGGUGGAACCCCACUGACAGUGAGUGGGACCAACUUAGCAACCAUCCGAGAACCGAAGAUCAGGGCCAAAUACGGGCAGGCCGAGUCUUUUCAUAACUGCACCGUGUACAACAACUCUGUGAUGGUGUGCCUCGCUCCAUCGGUGGCGGAUUCAGAGCUGGGCUUUUCCGACACCGGCACCGGCCCGGACGAGAUCGGCUUCUACAUGGACAACGUGAACUCUCUGGUGGUUGUCAACGAGACGUUCAGCUACUACCCCGACCCCAUCUUUGAGCCACUGAGUCCGUCCGGCGUGCUGGAGCUCAAGCCCACAUCACCACUAAUACUGAAGGGUCGUAACCUGAUCCCAGCGGCGCCGGGUAACAGCCGCCUGAACUACACGGUGCUGAUUGGAGAGACUCCCUGCGUCCUGACCCUGUCUGAGAGCCAGCUGCUGUGCGAAUGGCCCAACCUCACCGGACAACACAAAGUCACGAUCCGUGCUGGUGGAUUCGAAUACUCCCCAGGAACUCUUCACAUCUACUCGGACAGUCUUCUCACCCUGCCCGCCAUCAUUGGCAUUGGAGGGGGCGGUGGCCUGCUCCUCUUGGUGAUCAUCGCUGUUCUGAUAGCCUACAAGAGGAAGUCGAGGGACGCGGACCGCACCCUGAAGCGCCUCCAGCUCCAGAUGGACAACCUGGAGUCACGAGUGGCCCUGGAGUGUAAAGAAGCUUUCGCUGAGCUCCAGACGGACAUCCACGAACUGACCCAGGAACUGGACGGCGCAGGGAUUCCCUUCUUGGACUAUCGCACAUACGCAAUGAGAGUCCUGUUCCCCGGAAUUGAGGAUCACCCUGUGCUUAAGGAGAUGGAGGUACGGGUCCAAGCCAACGUUGAGAAGGCACUCACACUGUUUGGCCAGCUGUUGACCAAGAAGCACUUCCUGCUGACAUUCAUACGGACACUUGAGGCUCAAAGGUCGUUUUCGAUGCGGGAUCGAGGCAACGUGGCAUCUCUGAUCAUGACGGCCCUGCAGGGGGAGAUGGAGUACGCCACAGGGGUCCUGAAACAACUGCUGUCUGAUCUGAUAGACAGAAACCUGGAGAGCAAAAAUCACCCCAAACUGCUGCUAAGGAGAACGGAGUCUGUUGCUGAAAAGAUGCUAACCAACUGGUUUACUUUCCUCCUGUACAAGUUCCUCAAGGAGUGCGCCGGCGAGCCUCUGUUCAUGCUGUACUGUGCCAUCAAACAGCAGAUGGAGAAGGGACCCAUUGACGCCAUCACAGGAGAAGCCCGCUACUCCCUCAGCGAGGACAAACUCAUCAGGCAACAGAUUGACUACAAAACAUUGACGCUGCACUGCGUUAACCCGGAGAAUGAAAACGCCUCAGAGGUGACGGUCAAAUGUCUGAACUGUGACACCAUCACUCAGGUCAAGGAGAAGUUGCUUGAUGCCGUGUACAAAGGCAGCCCUUACUCACAAAGGCCAAAGGCGUCUGAUAUGGACCUUGAAUGGCGUCAGGGUAGGAUGGCCAGAAUCAUUCUGCAGGACGAAGACGUCACGACCAAGAUCGACAAUGACUGGAAAAGACUCAACACGCUAGCUCACUAUCAGGUAACAGAUGCCUCAGUGAUCGCCUUGGUGCCAAAGCAGAACUCUGCGUACAACAUCUCCAACUCCUCCACCUUCACAAAGAGCCUCAGCAGAUACGAGAGCAUGCUGAGGACGGCCAGCAGUCCAGACAGUCUGCGGUCCAGAACGCCGAUGAUCACACCAGACCUGGAGAGUGGCACCAAGCUGUGGCAUUUGGUGAAGAACCACGACCACUCGGACCAGAGGGAAGGGGACCGAGGGAGCAAGAUGGUCUCUGAGAUUUACCUGACCAGGCUGCUGGCCACGAAGGGUACAUUACAGAAGUUUGUGGAUGACUUGUUUGAGACCAUCUUCAGCACGGCUCACAGAGGCAGCGCGCUGCCGCUGGCCAUCAAGUACAUGUUCGACUUUCUGGACGAGCAAGCCGACAAGCACUCCAUCACAGAUUACGACGUACGGCACACCUGGAAGAGCAACUGUCUUCCCCUGCGGUUCUGGGUGAAUGUGAUCAAGAAUCCUCAGUUUGUAUUCGACAUCCAUAAAAACAGCAUCACAGACGCCUGCCUGUCCGUCGUGGCUCAGACCUUCAUGGACUCGUGUUCGACGUCUGAGCACAAGCUGGGGAAAGACUCGCCUUCGAAUAAGCUCCUCUACGCUAAAGACAUCCCCAACUACAAGAGCUGGGUGGAGAGAUAUUACUCGGAUAUUUCCCGUAUGCCAGCAAUCAGCGAUCAGGACAUGAGUGCCUACUUAGCGGAGCAGUCGCGCCUGCACCUCGACCAGUUCAACAGCAUGUCUGCUCUGCAUGAGAUCUACACCUACAUCAUCAAAUACAAAGACGAGAUCCUGUCGGCGCUCCAGAAGGACGAGCAGUCCCGCAGGCAGCGGCUACGCGGAAAGCUAGAGCAGGUCAUCGACACAAUGGCCCUUGCCAGCUGAGGGCCGGCCAAUCAGACACCUCAACUAGUGCAGAACUUGGCUUAACCCACACGCCUUCCCCUCUCCACGUCUGACAUCAUUUCCAUGCACAACGUUUUGAAAUCUGUUGUCGCCACGCUCGCAGACCGCCCCUCCCCCCCACAGCGGUGGGAAUGAAGCAGGAGGGAGACGGGCGACGCAGCGGCACGCCGGAGGGACAGCAGAAUGUUUGGUCACCACGUUUAGUUUUACUUUCUUCUCUGAGCCGCAAUUCUUACUCUGAUCAGCCAAAUCAAAUGCAACUCCUAGCCUCAGCUAAUGUGGACCUGAGCUUAAACAGAUGAGCAGGAAAAAAACUGGUUUAGCUGGAACCCCUGCGGGGAAGGUACAGGCCACCCCUCGGUAUCUUUCCACUGCCACGGCAACGGUUCAGACUGUGAGUCAUCGAAAAUCCAGGAGAUUUUAUCACUCUACUUGAUCCCCUUUCUGUUGCUGUCCUCCGUAGGGAGCAGGGGAGAUGAAACAUCAGGGACUCUGCAGAGCGGCGGUGGGAAAUCCUGGCAGAGAUUUACUUAGACGUUUCAGGAAGCCGCAGAAACGAGGGGGACGGAGGACCGACCCGAGAACGUCCCCCGUUUCCGGUUUGGACUCUCCACGUGUCUAUCGGCGCAAAGAACAAAAGAACAACAACAACAAAAAACAAAACACGCCUCGAAAAAGUUCCCGUUACGCUGCGUUUAAUUUGUCAUUGCAUCCGAUUCUUUUCUCUCCCCAGUGCUGUGCCACUUGUGUUACUGCUGAAUUUGCACAACAGAAGCUAAAUCAAAAGAGAGAAGAGGAUAUAUGAUCAAAUAUAUAUAUAUAUAGAUAUAUAAAUACAACCCUUUGUUUUUAAAACGAAUCAAAAAGUUGAACUUUUU